AUGCGCUUGCAACAAUCAACGUUCGAGACACCUCUUGAUGACCUUCCAGCACACACGUUCGAGACCAGAUCAAAUGAGCUGGCAGCACAAAGUCCAGGUUUUAGGCCAUGUUCAGAUGCGCUUCCACCACACCAACGCUUCCACCACACCAGCGCUCCACACCACAAGCCCAGACCCUUCUUCUCACGCCUUGCUCGCUCUAUAUCUCCCAACCACCCAACCUCCGGCGCUCGAAGUCGUUGUUAUCUUUCUCUACCCGACCCUCAACCCGUUCCUCUAGCCACUCGUUCAACGGCGCACCCGUACAGGCACCCUCCUCUGCGCCGCCUUCUGACCCGACCCAUAUGCACCCAUAUGCACCCGUAUGCGCGUUUGUGCGUUUGUGCGUCUACCAGCGCUUCUGGAACAAUCGCUGUUCGGGUAACCCCGUUGCCCAUUUGCAACGCCGUUGAGGUUUUUGCCCGAAACGGGCAAUUCAUAGCGGCUGGGCACUUUUUUUUUCCAUUUUCUCUCGCGCAGUACGUAGAAUCUGAGCUUUUGGCCCUGGUAUGGCCUUGUCCAUUGAUUGUUUGUUCAACGAUCGCUGAAUAG